GGUAUUGGAGUUAUCGCCCGGACGGACGGGCGGGCAGGCAGAUGCGCUCCCUAUAUCCAUCCGAACUUGGUUCGAUUGAAUGAAAUAUCUAGACAUCGACAUCUGCCUUGAUCGCAGAUAUAAAGGACGAAUUCUGUAUAUCACAUGAUUGUCAUGUGACAUCAAUGGACUUCGCUUCCUCAUUUAAAAUGGCUACACGUAAACACGAUCUGCGAGGAGUCACUGUAGAGUUUGAAGACAAUGUUGCCGUGUUACGUAUGGAGGAUGGGGAGAAUAGAUUCAACGUGGAGACGAUCAAGAGACUACACGAUGCACUAGACGUGGUAGAAGCCAACACGAAAGCGAAGGCCCUCAUCACAAUAGGAACUGGGAAGUUUUACAGCAAUGGUCUGGACCUGGACACGUUGAUGAAGUCAACACCUACAUACCUGACACAGUUCGGCGAGGGAUGGAGAACAAUAAUGUUGCGCAUGUUGACUUUUCCCAUGCCAACUGUGGCAGCAUUGAACGGUCAUUGUUAUGCUGGUGGUGCUGUUUUCGCACUGAUGCAUGACUUCCGGGUCAUGAGGCGAGACCGAGGCUGGUUCUGUCUCAAUGAAGUCCAUAUAAACCUGAGGUUUAAUCCAUUCACUAGAGAAAUAACAAGGUUGAAGCUUGAUGGCAAAACUCUGGUUGAAUGUGUCAUGCAAGGUCGACGUUACACUGGAAAUGAAGCCAAACAGGAGGGUAUCGUCCAUGAGCUGGCAGAUUCUGGAGAUUUGCUCAAGACAGCUAAAGAGAGGGCUCUAAGGUACACCCCUCCCGCGGGGUUCAACAGAGACACAUUGAAAGACAUCAAAGAAGGAUUUUAUGAGAGUGCUUUUGUUGACUUUGAAGGACUAGAUAUGGAAAGUAGCAUGAGUAGAGCAGUGAAUUUGAAGACCGCGUCAACAUCUAAGUUGUAGAUUUCAGAAGAGAGCCGACGUCGUUACAAUCAUACGUCCACAGAUGGCGAUAUAUUCCCUAUUUUAAUAUACAAUACAUAUACAUGUACAAAGUAGUCAAUCGAAAGUCAGAUGGUUCUGAAAUCAACUAGGUGACACUGCGAGUGUAAAUACUUUCUAACAAUGUAAACCAAAGUGUUUUGAUAGGUUUAUUGUUUUUAUUUGCAAAUGAAUUAUAUAUAUAACUGUUUUCUAUACCUGAUGAGAUUUCAGAGACAUAUUAACCGGGAAUAUAUAAUUAUUCGAUAUCCGGGCAAAUAUAUUUCGUAUGUCCCGCAUAUGGCAUUAUCCGGGACGUACGAUGGCUUUACAUCCCGCUCCGGGAAUUCCUGGCACAACUAUUUCAGCACUGAACUAAACAAAAGACAUUGACUAUAUUGUCUAACUUUGUGCCAAAUCAUAAUCUGCAACUUGACUUAUAAGUAGGUUUAAUCGAGAAAACAAAAAGACUCGUAUCCAGGGAGUUCAUCCAUUUUGUUACAUUGACGUUCGGUCAAAGUAACAAAGUAUAUAUAGUCAAAGUAUAUAUUCCCUCCUUUACAUAAGUAAGAC